UAUGCCAUCAUCGCCUUCGGUUAUCAUCCAGUUUCGGCCAAGGAGGCAGCAAGCAGCCAGUCAAGUGUUAAAAAUUACCAAAUCGUCGUGUUCGAUCUGUAGCAAGGAAGGGAUAUUUUUCUCGGUCCUUGGCCUCCGCAAGAAAGAGUUCGGGACGCGUCGCAAUCACCGUAAAUUAGGAGGGCAAUCUUUCGCGUUCGCGGUUACGGAUACUGGACCAUUUGGGCGAAAUCGUGUGUGCUGUUGUAAGCAGCCCGAAAUCAAUCGUGAAUCACUGCAAGUAGCAAGCAGAAUUUCCAUCGAAAGUUCCCUCAACCCGAAAUUGGCAGUGGGGUUUUAAAAAUGCCUCGCGAACAUUAAGAUGCUAUCAUUCGAGGAUCGAAGGCGUUGCUACCAAAAAGUGAUUUUGUAAAAUCUGUAGCAAAGUAUCAAAUACUCAUCAUCAAGCUUCAGCUUUAGGCAAAUUCUCGAAUGAUUCCACCACCACCAUUAGGGGUCUGAAAGUUGGUGCAAAGUCCGCGGACGGGAGAUCCCGGGUAGUGAGUGUUCCUCCUUCCGGGCAUGGCCGAAGCAAUCAUCAGUGACUGGAUCGCGGACUACAAUUCGCUCCAGGAAUCUGAGGUGCGAACCUUUGCUGCCCAGCACGAGAACGACUUCGAGAUCUCGAAGGCCCUGUACACCGUACUGAACGAGCGUACCAAGUAUAAGGAUCUCAUCUACCCGGUGUGCAAUCAGCUGUGCAAUUUCUACCGUUCCAAUGAGGUGGAGCUGCGCCGAUUUACGUUGCAGUUCGUGCCGUUGCUCAUCUAUCUGUAUCUGACGUCGGUGGCGCUAGGGGACAAGAAGGGUUGCCGGUCGAUCGAAACGUUGCUGAUUUGCAUUUACAACAUCGAGGUCAGUGCGGACGAUGGCAGCCCUAAGGUGGUGUCGUUCCGGAUGCCGGUCCUCGCACAGGCGUCCAUUUACCACGAGGAGAAAAGCCUCCUCGCGAGCGAUCUCCGCCGGUGGGAGGAGAACAGCAAAAAGGAAAUCAGCUGGGGCCCGCUUCCAUCGAUCGAAUCGAUCAACGCCCAGAACCGGCUGAAGGUGAUGACGGCCCUGCUGUUCACCUACAAUCAGCAACUUAAUCAAAUCCACAAACCCGCCCUGUAUCAUCUGUGCAAAACCACGUCCCAGCUGGUCAACCAAGGCUUCAGCAAGCUUGGCCACGUGCAUCGUUCGUCCUACGGGAAUGACCCGGUGUCAUCGCCGCCCCACUCGGGAACCAGCUCACCGUCGCAAUCCGCCAUCAGUGCAGCAGCACAGUCGUCACUUCUUUCGCGGCCGGUGCCCCGGAUCGCGGUCAGUUCCCAAUUUCUGGUGGAACUGGCCCACGCCAACUAUUUUGCCAUGUUCAACGAAUUCGCGUCGGCGGCCAUCGAGGCGGUCAACGAUAUCCACAGCAGGGCGUGCUACGAAAUGCUGUCGGAAGUGAUACUGGUGACCAAUGCGAUACGUAACUCCCUGCAUGCGAACCCAUCCGGCCAACCAAGUGACGGCCCCAUGGGCAUCAGUGUGGCUCUGACGCCAGCGACAACCACCGUAACGGUGUCGAAAUCCAUGAUCACUAACGCAUCCUUCCGGGCGAAGAAACUUCCAGAUGAUCUGGAAGUAGAGUUUGUCAAUAGUCUGCCGUCGACGCAGCAGGAGAUGAUGAACAAGCUGGCGGCCAUCGAGGACCAGGAUCUGUCACCGUCGGGGGGAGGCGGCGGCGGCCCAGGGGUUUUAAUCAUCACAUCCAACGGAAUCCCCGGAGAGGAAGGUGGCCCGAAGAAAAAGGAAUCCCGAAAGUGGAAAAAUUGGAGCUGGAAGAGCAAUACCAAUGCUGCCGGUGGCAAUGCGGCUCCCAAACAGCCCAGCAUCGAGGAGGAAUCUCCCAAGAAGUCGGGAUCUUCGAAGAAUUCCAGCCCCAUGGAAUCGCCAAAACAUAAGCUGCUUGGCCAAACUAAGGAUGGUAAUGAGGCUAGUGGAAACAGCAGCAUAUCGCCGGCUUCGUUGCGACGCAAGAAGUUUCUCACCAGCAAAAAUCAAUCUCCGGUGCACCGGUCCGAGAUGCGAGUCAGUGCCGGAGCCAGGCUCUACGAGGAACUCGACAGUCUGCAGGAUUCGGACGAGGAGCUACAGGCUUUGAUUGUGAACGGUCGUCCUGCCACAAUUCACCUCAUUCAACCCUCAACCAUACCUGACGACAUCCCCAUCCAAGGGCCGAAGGAGGAGAACGGCCAGCUGAGCAGUAUUAACGAGGAGAACGAGACCGGCACCGGCGAGUCGGUUGCGAAAUCCGGAACCGGUCCCGGCUCGAAGGCGAAAGAUUCCAAAACUCACAAGGUGCUCGGAGGGCUGAUGAAGUUGAAAGACAAGGACAAGGAGAAGGAGAAAGAGAAGGAAAAGGAGAAGGACGACGGAAGUGGAAAGCAAUCGGGCACCAAGAAAUCGGCCACGGUUACGGGAACGGGUGGUGCUUCCGGAGUCGCGACCGGUAUCAAGGAAAAGCUGGUCGGCAAACAGUCGCUGCAGAUGCAAACGGGAAGUGCAGAACUGAUCGAAGCCGAGAAGACCAGUCCGCUGUUGAUGGUGAAGCGCAAAAGUAGCAGCAUAGAUGUGGUUCCGUCGGCGGCCGAUAUGAUUGGUGUCAAGCCGGUGAUUCCGCUGUCCAAUGGGGGUGUUAUGCUUGGCGGGGGUGGAGAUGACAAGGGACUCGGCAGUUUGGACGGUAUCGAAAGGAAUGGGGGCAGCAAUACGUUGCAGCAUCCGGUGCUGGAAGUUGUGGAGUCGUUCGAUUCCGGCAACGAAAUGACGCUCAACAACAACAACAACAAUAACAGCAUCAACAACCCGGAUAAGUCGCUGUUGGAAAAUCGAACGCAUGGCAGUAUACAAGUUAGUCAAGUCUAAAACACACAAACAAAAAAAAAACAAAUCAGUUUUAUAUAGUUAGAUUUUUUUUCUAUAUGUUCUGUUUUCGUCGUUAUAUUUUUGGUUGAGUAAUUUGGUGUAAGUACGCUAGUUCGAGUAUAAUUGUGGUAUUAAUCUUAUUUUUGGAAACGAGGACCUAUGCUUAAAAGAUAUUUAGGAACAAACGGGACGCUUCUACCCUGUUGUAUUUCUAGUUGUUAUAUUAUAACCACCCACUGUUAAAACUGUGUCACUUAUGAACAAACGGUAUCGAUAAUAGAGAUGAGCGCCGAGACCGAGGCAAACUUGGUAACGGUAACGUUUCACGGCCUUGGAGACAAAAAAAGAUUUGAGUUUGUUUUCUUCCUUUCUCUGUAUCUAAAUCCAUCCGAAUUUUGUCCUUUUUGUAUGUCGAUUUGCUAGAAAGAAUUGUAUGAUUUUCCCUUUCCAGGAACCUUCUGUUGUAAGUUUCUGUUUAGAUGUUUGCUAGCUUAUUCUGUGUUCUGUUAAUCUUUGUAAUUGAUUUUUUUUUAUAAUUUUUUCUGAUAACAACUGAGUUGAAGGUGUUUCACUUCCAUGAAGUCAGUCGAAAUAAGGUAACAUUUAACAAUUAAUCAGAAAAUGUCUGGAAGGUUCUACCAGAGCAUCUGUCAUAACAGCAAAUCGACGGGUUUCUAGGUAAAAAGAGAAAUGUUUACGUUUUCCUGCUAUCCCUAGUACAGACCAACUUUGUUUGUCGGGUCAGCCAUUAAAAGCUAUUUACGACUUUGUAAAUACAGCAGUACUUGGAACCGUACUUUUAUUUAUAUUUUAUUUUCAGAUGAGAUAAACCACUUUUUUUUCUAAUUGAGAGACAGAGAGAAAAGUGUUAAGGAUUGGCCUGUGUGUAUGUGUGACAAAUACAGUGCUUCAGAGAACAAGAGAGAACAAUACAGUGCAGAAAACAAUGUGAGCAAAACUUCUGCCGACCUUCUUUCUGGACCUUCUUGAUAUUCAAGCUGUUUGCAUCCGUCUUAAAAAUUUCGAAAAUCUUUCACAUCCGCUGCAUCCCACUUCAGAAAAUUGUCUAAGUAAUCAUCAACGCAUUUGAGUCGCUCCUUGGUGUUAAAUUUUGGAAUUAGUUAUUGAAGCGUGAUCUGAAACGAUUUGGGGUAGUUACAAAAUACCCUGCCAGGCACAGUUCUUCGAUAUAACAGCUAACCUCAUCUGCCAUAUUAGUGGACAGAUUUCCAGAAAGAUGACGUAGUUGUUAUGAAAAAUAGCGAGCUUCGUACUGAAUUUUUCAGUUUUUUUUUCCAUAAAAAUUAGUUUAUAUGCCACUGUCUUCAAAUUCAUUAAUUCGACUUCCAGAUAUAUGAGUUGGUUAUAAAAAUACGGGUUGGUUAGCGGUUCUGUAUAAAAUGCGAAUUUAGCGUGGAAAUAUCUAAAAUCUCGAAGAAAUUGUAAUUACUGAAAACUAUUUCCAAACAUAUUGUAAGCUAAAAAAUUGAAAAUAUCGCAAGAGAACACUUCAAACAGUCUUAAUGAAUCAUUUUAUACGCAAGUUUCGAGUUAGUAAAAUAUUAAAUUUGUAAAUAAUCUUUUCGCGUAACUAUUUUCUUAUUCAUGUUUUGGGAGUGAUUCUUAGCUGUUUAUUGAACAUAUUUCAUACUGAAUUUAAUUGUUUUAUAAUCAACUUUAGUUCCUUUUCACUAAUUACUGAAUUUUUUUUAAUGAAAAUUACGAAAACAAAGAUUUAAGUUUGUUUCCUAUGUAAUGUAUGGAAAAUCUCAUAACAACAACGUCACCAGGCUUGGCUUGGACCAAUUUCACGCUCAACGUACGGUACCCUGUAAUGAAUAUACUCUGCUUGCCAGGCACCAGCAGUGUUGUAAGUUUUUUUUUUGUCAGAAGGCAUGAUGCCCCCUGUUCAGCAGCUUAUAAUUUGUGUUUUUUAUAAAUUGGCACAUAAAAUUCCGCAAAAAAUUAUCCCAAAUCGACACAGUCUAUUGUAGUAUCCGAUUGAUUUUUGUGUGUUUCUUUUUGAAUGACAAAUUACGUCGUAUUUGUUAAAUUAGUUUUCAUAAUAAAAAAUGUUGACACAAAAAUUACAAAAUUCAAUUUUUAAAUUAUUGAUUUUUUUUUCAAAGUUGCCAACAGAAACUGAGAAAUAUGACAGAAGAAAGAUAAACGUAAAAAGAGGAAUGAGACUGGAGAGAAAUGAGAAUCGAGAAAUGAGAAUCGAGAAAUAAAAAAUGAGAAAUAGAAAUGAGAAAUGAGAAAUGACAAAUGAGAAAUAAGAUAUGAGAUAUGACAUAAGAGAUAUGAGGAAUAGGAUAUGAGAUAUGAGAUAUGAGAUAUGAGAAAAGAGAUAUGAGAAAUGAGAUAUGAGGAAAGAGACAAAAGAAAAGGGAUGUGAGAAAUGAGAAAUGAGAAAUAAGAAACGAGAAACGAGAAAUGAGGAAUGAGAAAUGAGGGAUGAGGAAUAAGAAAUGUGUAAUUAGAUAUGAGAAAUGACAAAUGAGAAAUGAGAUAUAAGCGAAUUGAGAAAUGAGGAAUAAGAAAUGAGAAAUUUGGAAUGAGAAAAGAGAAAUAAGAAAAGAGAAAAAAGCAAAGAGAAAAAAGAGAGUGAAAAAAGAGGAAUUAGAGAUAAACGAUGAGAGAUGAGCUGUUAAGAGAUGACAGAUAAGAGAUGAGAGAUGAGAGAUGAGAGAUGAGACAUGAGAGAUGAGAGAUGAGAGAUAAGAGAUGAGAGAUGAGAGAUGAGAGAUGAGAGAUGAGAGAUGAGAGAUGAGAGAUGAGAGAUGAGAGAUGAGAGAUGAGAGAUGAGAGAUGAGAGAUGAGAGAUGAGAGAUGAGAGAUGAGAGAUGAGAGAUGAGAGAUGAGAGAUGAGAGAUGAGAGAUAAGAGAUGAGAGAUGAGAGAUGAGAGAUGAGAGAUGAAAGAUAGAGAAUGGAGAAAAGAGAACAGAGAAAAGAGCAAAUCUAAAUGAGAGAUGAGAGAUAAGAGAAGAGAGAAGAGAGAGAGAG